AUGGAGCAGGGCUACGAAAAACGACUUCUAGGGUCUCCAUAUAAAUCGCCUAUUAAAUCUGUUAGCCCUAUGAAGACUCCAACUAAAGAAAACUAUAUGGAUAGAUACAUUCCCUUGAGGACAAAUGCACGCUGGAAAACAUCAACCUUCUUCGAGCAGCCUAACAGCAAUCCUACACGAAAACUCUUCCAGAAUAGCCGUGGGUCUACUGAUGGGAUUAACAACAAUGCAGAUCAUACAAGUCAAAGUGGUCAUCACAGUCUUGCGUCCUUUACCGGAGAAAGUAACUGGGGGACAUCCAGUGGCAAUUCAGUUGCACAGGAAUCUCCAGUUCCAAGCGAGGCGCGAGGCUGUGAUCUCCUUUCUGCUCUUGUGGCAAAUGAGCUUGAGGAAACACUGGGCGGUGUUUAUAGCCCCGUGAAGCCUAAAUUUGGAAACUCAGAUGGAGUUUUAGCAGCCAGAGAAAAUACUAAUAUGUUUUCCUUCAAGCUACGACGAGAGAGUCCUUGUAAAUUGAAAACCUCCCCGUACACCAUGUCUCCUGUAUCAGAAAAGAGCCAACAUCUACUUAGAUUUCCACAAAAGCAAGCUCGGAAAAUAUCUCGUGUACCCUAUAAAGUUUUGGAUGCCCCGGAGUUACAAGACGAUUUUUAUCUCAAUCUGGUGGAUUGGUCAUCUCAGAAUGUUCUUGCGGUUGGUCUGGGCACGUGCGUUUAUUUAUGGAAUGCAUUUACAAGUCAAGUCACUCGACUAUGCGAUGUUUCUGGAGAAACUGAUGUUAUUUCUUCGGUCGCUUGGUCUAAAAAGGGAAGCCAUUUGGCGAUCGGGACUUAUCGUGGUCAUGUUCAAAUUUGGGAUGUGACAAAAAGUUCCUGCAUACGAUCACUAAACGGACAUAUCGCUAGGGUUGGUGCUUUAGCUUGGAAUGCUGAUCUUUUAGCAUCAGGAAGUAGAGAUCGCUAUAUAUUACUUCGUGAUACCCGCGCUUCUGCUAAUUCUGGUGGAGGUCCUGCUGGGCAUUUGCCUAACUCAAAUCCCAUCACUACUUCUGAACCAACUGCUGAGCUUGCAGACAGAGAUGAAAUUAUGACAGAUCAAGAUUAUCCAAGUUCCAUGAGUUUACCAAGUCAUCCUGUUCAGGGAGAUAACGAUCUGAAUUGUGCACGUGCUUCAACACCGAUAAUGUCUGUUAGUAAUCUUGCAGAAAUCGACUCUCCAAGCACACCAGCUCGUAUGGAUAUGGAAGUACUCGGUUUUCGAGAUGUAGAGCAUGGAUCGUCGUGGUCUGCAGCAAGAACUUCAGCAAGUUCCACUGUUACCAAUAGCACUGCUUUGCAAUCAAUUGAAAAUGGGACAGAUCGUCUUGUUCCUGGGGCAGUUCGUGUGUUGAAAGAUCACAGACAAGAGGUAAUUAUAGUAGUAAUAAGGAUUUCUGUGUUUGAGCGACUUCGAUUCUGCAUUCUGAUAUUAUUGAAAAGCAUAUUAUAAGAGCAUAAAUUAAGAGUGUGAGCUUUAUUUUGGUAGUUUUGUUGUUCUGCUGACCUGGGUCCUUUUGGACGUCUGUCUAUACAUUGUCUUCAUGCUGCUUCGCAAAGAAGUAAAGAGUUGCAUUCAACUCACUGUUUAAGUUGAGUAUCAUUUCAUUUAAUUACUAGCCACUGUUUUACGUUGCAAACACGGUGUUGUGCUUGCUUAUUUUGUCGUAUAUGAAUGCAAUUAUGCAAUGUUAACUAACGCAUCUUUGACUUUAAUACUUCAUUUUACUUUGUUUAUUCCAUCUAAAUAAAAAGGUAUGUGGACUGAAGUGGUCACCAGAUAGUCAGUAUUUGGCUUCAGGAGGUAAUGACAAUCGUCUGCUUGUUUGGAGUCAACAUGCUCCAUCUACUGGAGGUCCGGUUUUAACUUAUGAAGAACAUGUUGCUGCUGUCAAGGCAAUUGCAUGGUCACCUCAUCAGCAUGGAUUACUUGCUAGCGGCGGUGGUACAGCUGAUCGCUGCAUUCGUUUUUGGAAUACGUUAACUGGCCAAGCUUUGCGUAGUGUUGAUACUGGAAGCCAAGUUUGCAAUAUCGCUUGGUCAAUACAUAGCAACGAAUUAGUCAGCACACACGGCUACUCACAGAACCAAAUUCUUGUCUGGCGAUAUCCUAGUCUUACUCAGUUGGUCAAACUAGUUGGACAUUCGUAUCGAGUGUUGUAUUUGGCAAUCAGUCCAGAUGGUGAAAAUAUUGUGACUGGAGCAGGGGAUGAAACACUACGCUUUUGGAAUAUAUUUACCAAAGCUAAAACUCCGAAAAUGCAACCUUCUACACUGAAUUUAUUUAAUGGAAUUAGAUAAUUUAUUCACAAAAUGUCUUUCAUAAUUAUUCUUGUUAUGGGUAUCUCCGUCAAGUCUCAACGUACUCAUCUCACUGCAUUCAAAUCAUAUUAUAUAAAUAUAUUUAUAUAUAAAACCUAUGUAUAUAUAAACUUUCCAUCCUCAUUUACACUCAAAUCAUAUGUAUGAAUAUCAUAUUUACCAUCUCCAUGUCUUCCACUAUUAAACGUCAUUCAUUUUUGCAAUUUCCACAAUGUAACGGUCUUCACACCUAAUAAUAUUUCAAUGCAAACAUGAUUUACAAUCGACGUGAAAUAUAUUCACUAAGCCAUUGACUUUAAAACUUGUUUUACCAUUAUUUUUUUCCUAAUAUCCUGCUUCACUCAACUCACUUGUAUUUAUGGUACAUAUAUACAUAUGCUUGCUUCUUUUGCCACUGUCUUUAUUUAUUGCUAAUAAUGAUAAUAGUCAUUCAUUUUAAUUUCUUUUAAACACCUUUGUGAGACUAUACCAUAAUAUAUUUCUUCUCAGUUCCUGUAACUUUUCAGUGAUACACUAUGUUUGUGUGUAUGUUUCACCUAGUCAUCUAAA